AUGUUCGCGGUUCCAGGAUGGUCGGUAUCUGCCGAUAACCUCAAGGUAGAAACCGUUUCAAAAAACGACUCAACUCCCGGCGCAAAGCCCAGGAAGCGCAAGAGAGCUGGCGCUUCCGCCCCCGAGCCAGACGUGACAUCCUCCAAUGUCGCGGACCUCUGGAGCUCCGUGGUAGAGGGGAACGAGGGCGCCGUUGGGCCCUCGAAAGAGAGCAAAUCCUCCAAACGCCAGAAGAAGGCCGGUGAGGCCUCUAAAAAGAAGGGCGAUGGUGACAAGAGCGAGGAACCGCCUGUGACCAAGCCCGUUGCGGAUGACAAGCCCACUCCCGGGAAGAAGGAUAAGAAGGACAGAAAGGAGAAGAAGAAGGAGAAGCCCCAGCCAUCGGGCGAUUAUCAGGGCGACGCAGGAAAGAAGGCGGCAAAGGCAACCACUGAAGCUUCAUCAUCGAAAGCGGCUGCUCCCGUUCCUCCACUCCCUGCCGCGUCAAAGCUCACGCCUCUCCAGGCCUCAAUGAGAGAGAAGCUCAUAUCUGCGCGGUUCCGCCACCUGAAUGAGACCCUGUACACGAGACCCUCCGAGGAAGCCUUUGGUCUCUUCCAGGAGUCCCCCGAGAUGUUCGAGGAGUACCACGAGGGCUUCAGAAGACAGGUCAAGGUGUGGCCGGAGAACCCGGUCGACACCUUUCUUCGCGACAUUCGAACUCGCGGAAAGGUCAAGCCCGCUGGGAAGGGCAAGCCCAACGCCUCGCAGGCCCCGCCCUCCAAGACUGCGCUCCCUCGCACCGCGGGGACCUGCCACAUCGCCGACCUGGGCUGUGGAGAUGCCCGGCUGGCACAGUCGCUUCAGUCAGACAAGGGCAAGUUGCGCCUUCAGGUCCACAGCUUCGACCUUCAGAACCCCAGCCCUCUGGUCACCAAGGCGGACAUUGCCAAUCUGCCUCUUGAGGAUGGGUCGGUCAACGUGGCUAUCUUCUGCCUGGCUCUCAUGGGCACCAAUUGGGUAGACUUCGUGGAGGAAGCCUACCGCAUCCUCCACUGGAAGGGCGAGCUCUGGGUAGCCGAGAUCAAGAGUCGCUUCGGUCCUGUUCGGAAUAAAAACGCCCCCGUCGCUCACAGUAUAGGGAGGCGCAAGGCAACUGCCGGGAAGAAACAAAGCACCGAAAAUGUUGCAGACCUCGAUGAGGACCUCUCUGUAGAGGUAGAUGGUGUGGAGGAUCGCCGACGAGAGACAGACGUAUCCAGCUUUGUGGAGGUUUUGAAAAAGAGAGGGUUCGUGCUCCAAGGUGAGAGACAUCAAGCAGUGGAUCUCUCCAAUAAAAUGUUUGUCAAGAUGCACUUCAUAAAGGGUGCAUCUCCAACCAAGGGGAAGGGUGUUAAUGCACAAGAAUCUGGCAAGCCAACCAAAAGGCCCAUGUCUAGAAGGGAGGCAUUGUUAGAAGCAGAUGAGCCAGAAGAAAACGAGGCAUCCAUUCUCAAGCCUUGCGUUUACAAGAUUAGGUAG